CGCGGCAGCGCCGGAGCCGCGUCCCGGGCCGGGCUCCCCGCACCUGCCGCGCCCGGCCGGCAGCGAGCCCGGGGCUGCCAGCAUGCGAGCCCGGAAAACAGCAGUAGAAAUGCCGCCUUCCUAACUAGAAACAUGCUAAACCGUAAUAUCCGUGAAGAUCCCAUUACCUAGGAAGAUUUUUGACGUUUUUGCUGCGAAGGCUGUGUUGGGAUUGAUUUAUCCUUGGAGUGUUCUGCACGGCUGGCAAAGAAUAAUGUUCCAAAAUCGGUCCGUCUCCCAAGGGGUCCCAUUUUUCUUCCUGGGUGUCAGCGAGCCCUGACUCACUACGGUGCAGCUGACAGGGGCUGCCAUGCUUGUGGCACACUAAGCAAAAAACAAAAGACCUAAGGACGACCUUUGAACAGCACAAAGGAUGGGUUUCAAUGUAAUUAGGCUACUGAGCGGAUCAGCUGUAGCUCUGGUAAUAGCCCCUACUGUAUUACUGACAAUGCUUGCUUCUGCUGAACGAGGAUGCCCUAAGGGCUGUAGGUGUGAAGGCAAAAUGGUAUAUUGUGAAUCUCAGAAAUUGCAGGAGAUUCCCUCAAGUAUAUCUGCUGGUUGUUUAGGUUUGUCCCUUCGAUAUAACAGCCUCCAAAAACUAAAAUACAAUCAAUUUAAAGGUCUUAAUCAACUCACCUGGCUCUAUUUAGACCAUAACCACAUCAGCAAUAUUGACGAAAAUGCUUUCAGUGGAAUACGCAGACUAAAAGAGUUGAUCUUGAGUUCCAACAGAAUCUCCUAUUUUCUUAAUAAUACCUUCAGACCUGUGACAAACCUCCGGAAUUUGGAUCUGUCAUACAAUCAGCUGCAGUCUCUGGGAUCUGAACAGUUCAGGGGCUUAAGGAAGCUGCUGAGUUUACAUUUGCGCUCCAAUUCCCUAAGAACCAUCCCUGUUCGAAUAUUUCAAGAUUGCAGGAACCUUGAACUGCUGGACCUGGGUUACAAUCGCAUCCGAAGUUUAGCGAGGAAUGUCUUUGCAGGUAUGAUCAGACUGAAAGAGCUUCAUCUGGAGCACAAUCAAUUUUCUAAGCUCAACCUGGCACUUUUUCCAAGGCUGGUCAGCCUUCAGAACCUUUAUUUACAGUGGAAUAAAAUCAGUGUGAUAGGACAAACUAUGUCCUGGACCUGGAGCUCGUUACAAAGACUUGAUUUGUCUGGCAAUGAAAUAGAAGCUUUCAGCGGACCCAGCGUUUUUCAGUGCGUGCCCAAUUUACAGCGCCUCAACCUGGAUUCAAACAAGCUCACAUUUAUUGGUCAAGAAAUUUUGGAUUCUUGGAUAUCUCUCAAUGACAUCAGCCUUGCCGGGAAUAUAUGGGAAUGCAGCAGAAACAUUUGCUCUCUGGUAAACUGGCUUAAAAGUUUCAAAGGGCUGAGGGAAAAUACAAUUAUCUGUGCCAGCCCCAAAGAGCUGCAGGGGGUGAACGUUAUCGAUGCGGUGAAAAACUACAGCAUCUGUGGCAAGAGCACCACGGAAAGGUUUGAGCUAGCACGAGCUCUCCCAAAGCCAACGUUUAAACCAAAACUCACCAGGCCUAAACACGACAGCAAACCCCCCAUGCCCCCGAGCACGGGGGCCACGGAGUCGAGCUCGGAGCCCGAGCACGACACGGAGCACAUCUCGUUCCAUAAAAUCAUAGCGGGCAGCGUGGCUCUGUUCCUGUCCGUGCUGGUGAUCCUGCUGGUGAUCUAUGUGUCCUGGAAGCGUUACCCUGCCAGCAUGAAGCAGCUGCAGCAGCGCUCUCUCAUGAGGAGGCACAGGAAAAAGAAGAGACAGUCGCUGAAGCAAAUGACUCCGAGCACACAGGAAUUUUAUGUAGAUUACAAACCUACCAACACUGAAACCAGUGAGAUGCUGCUGAAUGGAACGGGACCCUGCACGUAUAACAAAUCGGGCUCCAGGGAAUGCGAGAUCCCGCUGUCCAUGAACGUGUCGACGUUCCUGGCCUACGACCAGCCCACGCUGAGCUACUGCGGGGUGCACCACGAGCUGCUGGGCCACCAGGGCUACGAGAGCGGGCGGGACGAGGCUGCGGCCGCGGGGCUGGAGCCCGAGCUGGACCUGAGCACAAUCACCACUGCAGCACGCAGCAAGGAGCACGGCCAGCCGCUGCCCUAGGGACACCGGUGUCCCCGGCCUCGGAGCACGGCUGACACCCGCUCCCUGCCACCUGGGAGCCCUGUGCUAAUUAAAAGCGAAUCACAAAGAUUAAUUGCUUCCGGUCUACAGUUUGUAAUUAGUUCCGUUGUGCAGUAUUUUUUUGACUUCAGAGUAUGACCCUUGAAGUGAGUCUUUUUCAAAACUCAUCCUACCUACCUGUAUAAACUGUACAGAUGUAAUGUAUUUUUCAUAUUGUAAAGUUUCAAUUACCGAGAACGACUGGUAUGUACAGUACCAUAAUUUAAUUACAUCUUCCUUUACGAGCUUCAGUUUCUAAAGCUUCAAAUUAACAAAAGUUACUUCUUGUGUUAUUAAGUUACUCUGUUUUGUAGGGAUCAUUUUGUUACUGCUUUUGUGCCCAGACAACUUUAAUCUAAAAAUUCUGUCCUUUGCAGAAUAUGCACCAUUUCUACUGUGUUUAAUGUGUAGAAUUUUAUCUACUGCUUCCAGAGGGAGGGUUUAACUAUUCAAACUUCUAGGAAAUUCUUGAAAAAUAUAGAGCCAAGUUUUCCUAGAAAUCAAAAUUUUAAAAAAGAGAAAAAUUAUUAUUCUCCUCAAACUAACCUGUUGCCUUGAAAUACAGCCUGAUUUUUAACAACAAAGCUUGGUUAUGCAACCGUUAGUCAAGGCUGAUGAUAUUUUAUUGAGUCUCACUGUUCUGCAAGACAAUACAGGACAGGAGACUUCACCAGGCAGCUACGAGAUCUGCUGUGAGAGUCUGCCAAAUCAGGCAUUUGUAUUUCUGCUCAAACACAAAGGGGUCCAAACCUACUUCUGUCGCAGGCAGCUGCUGACAGAACAGUUAUUUCUGUUAUUAACAGGCAACAGAAACAAGCCCUUGGGCCACUCCUAGAAUGCAAAAUGCCACUCAAAAGAAACACCCACUUGCUGACAAAUGCAGUGAUUUGGAACAAAUGGUCAAAGUUUAAAUCCUUUAACAUUAUGAUAAAGCAAACAGAGGAAAAAAACCCCAAAAUCUUUAAAGAAAAAAAAAAUUAAUGUAGUAUUAAGUCUUUAACAAUUACUACAUUGCUUAUUUGUCUCUCAUUUAAUAUCUGGAUUGAAGCAUUCUUAUAUCCCAUUCUUUGGUUUUAAAUUUUCCAAACUUCUCAAUACUGUAUGAGAGUAACUUUUUAUACCACUACCCACUACCCUGUAAUCAUAAAAGAUUACAGAAAUUAGGAAGACAUUCUAUCAUGCUGACUCUGUGAAAAACAAAAUGGGAACACGAGCCUUCCAAAAUAUAGGAAAAAAAAAGUUUCAUAUGGUGAAGCAACUUUUUUAUAAUAAAGAGAAAUUAUAUAACCACAAAUCUAUUUUUCUGGAUCUUUAUCCCACCAUACUUUCAUGUAGCUUCAAAGUGGAAGACUGAAUUUUAAAAUUACAGGGCAACUGUUUGUACAAAACAAGGUGAACAGAAUGAAAAUUGGCUUCAAAAAUUGGUAACUAAUCAAUCUGCAUUCAGUGCCUGUUAAGUGGAAACAAAGUGUCAAAAGACAACACAUUGUACUGCUUAUUUAUUAGCACUU